AUGCCCGCCAGCAUCCUCAAGAAGCGCCCAGGCGCAUCAGCAUCCACCAAGCGCGCCCCUUCGCCACCCGCCGCACCCUCGUCUGGCGAGGACGACUACAGCGACGCCAACGACUCGGAGGAGGACGAGUGGGCCGCCGAGCGCACCCACGCUGGCCCGAGCCGCUCGCGCUCGUUCGAGCAAGACGACGACGACGACGACGACGACGACGAGAUGGGCGAGGCGGGCAGCGACGGCGACGAGGAGGACGGCGUUGCGGCGUACGAGAGCGACCAGGGCGAGCUGAUCGAGGACGACAGCGACCCAGAGGCCUCGAUCGGCAAGCAGCUCGCCGAGAUCCCGUUCACGUCGCUCCUCAAGGCGCAGAAGCAGCUCAAGAAGCAGCAGGGCAAGAGCGGGGGCAAGGGCAAGGCGCGCGACGAGGACGAGGGCGAGCCCGACGAGGAGCAGAGCGCGGGCCGGCACGGCAGGGCGAGGAAGGGCAAGGGCAAGGGGCGGGCAGAGCACGAGGGCAGGUCGAACAAGCACGCCCCGACCGAGAUGUCGGCCAAGCGCCCCGUCUCUCGCGUCCGUCAGGUCGUCGAGACGCAGACGCUCCACGCGCGCGACCCUCGGUUCGACGCCCUGUCGGGCUCGGUCAACCCGCACCUGUUCAAGCAGUCGUACGGGUUCCUCGCCGACAAGCAGCGCGCCGAGCUCGACACGAUGCGCAAGACGGCGGCCCAGGCGCGCAGGAACCGCGCCCUGCCCGAGGAGGAGAAGGAGCGCAUCGAGGAGGCGCUGCGCAGGAUGGAGAACCGCGACGUGACGCGCAAGAUGAAGGAGCGCGAGCAGGAGGCGAUGAAGUCGUGGAAGAAGGAGGAGCAGGACAAGCGCGCUCAGGGCAAGAAGGCCUUCUACCUCAAGGAGUCCGAGCGCAAGAAGCUCUUCCUCAAGGCCAAGUUCGACGAGCUCUCGACCGACAAGCGCAAGCUCCACAAGGCGAUCGACAAGAAGCGCAAGAAGACGGCGCAGAAGGAGAAGAAGGCCAUGCCCAACAUGCGCCCGAGCACCGGUCGUUGA